AGAUGCAAUCUGGCUAUUCCAGAACAGUGUAAAAUGUGCUGCACCUCUGAGUUUGAUCCAAUCUGUAAAUCAGUUGAUGUUAUAACAGAGAACCGUAUUUACACACUCAAAGUCAAUACUUGGAAAUGCAAAGUGUGUAAAACUGAGGAGUCGUUUGAUGGACAGGAAUAUGGGGUCAUCAAUAUGGGGAUGUAUUGCGUGGCAUAUGAAGUUACGAGAAGAUAUUUGUCAUACUUCCUUCAAGGAAAGUCAACAAUGUUCACAGAAUAUGUUGCUCUCUGCCAGAUGUACAAAUAUCAUGGACACCUUGAUGUGGACAAACAAUUCUCAUACCAGAGACUUCAAUUGGCCUGGUAUUCAUACAUCAACCUAUUAGAUGUAACCUAUGAAGAGGGAUUCACUUGUUCAAAGUGUGGACCUGAUCCAUCAGUUGUUGUAACGGAUGCUACAACUCUUUCAUUCAGAAAACGAAUGUUAAGCUGGCGGGAUGUUUUCUUGUUUGCAGAAAAACCAUGUUCAGAACCAGUGAAAGGAAGUUCCCACAGCAGUCAAGUUUUUUUACACAGACCAGAGUGCAGAAGACUAUUGAAGAAAUUUGCUUUGCAUGGAAUGGACAAUGAUGAAUAUGCAAUCUUCAUGAACAGCUUAGAGAGUUAUGAGAAAUGUUUAACUGGGCUUCUCUUACAAAUUAAAAAUGAAAAUAAAACAACGAAGAAGAUAACAUGCUGCCAAGAAGUCAGAUCUCUGCUAAGAUCUUUGAGUAGUGAAACUCCAGCUUGUGGAAUGGUUUUAGCAACAGAAGAAAACCGACAACUACUAAAAAAGCUUAUUUCGAUUUCCUCUGAUGCUGAGAAAAUAGGAAAAUUCAAAAUGUUUUUCCUAUUUUGUUCAACAUUAUACGUAAGCAGGGAGAAUUAUAUAUGGAAAAUCUUGAGCCUAUUAUGGAUGUUUUGUUGACAAGGGCUGGAUUACCAUUUAAGCCUUCAUUGAAUAUUACCAAACAACUUGAUGCUGACACAACUUCAACUGAGCCAAAUUCCCUAUCAUACUUUCCAUCCCUUCCAGUAUUGAGGGAGAGGGGCCUGUAUGAGGCUGAUGUGAAGAAUGUUAAACAGCCAUCUUGCAGAAAAAGAACACAUAGCCACCCGACUUUGUUGCCAGGAUUGUUUACAAUUCUUUGUCCACAUGGUGUUUGCUAUGGAUAUGAGGUAAUGACAGUAGCAGAGUCCCCUAAUGUUCCCUUUACUGUACUGAAAACCAGAUUUUCCAAAGCUCCAGAACUCAUCAUCUAUGACAAUGCCU